AUGCCCGUCAUCAGCUCAUACUACGAGAUCCUUGGAGUUUCUCAAACCGCUACGGAUGAAGAGAUUCGUCAAGCUUACAUUAAACAGUCGGCCAACACAGUUUUUAGUGAUAAACAGCGACGACAAAAGUACGACGAAUCCCUUUUAACUACCAAUGGCAUAUUCUCAAACAUUACAGUAGACCCAUUUGCCACAUUCGGUGGUGUGUUUAACGAUCUACUUGUUCCUGAAGUCCCCAAUCCAAAGUAUUUUUGGCAGCCUAUAGGAACAGUGGCAGGUGCCUUGCUUGGAUUUAUUGUUUUAAACGUUCCUGGCGCUGUGGUUGGAUCGUACUGCGGUGAUCGAUUAGGAAAGAUUCGAGAUGCAAAAGGCAUGUCAGUAUACGAGGCAUUUACCAAACUGUCGGUGGAUAAGAGACGAGAUAUUCUUAUGCAGUUGGCUGUCAAAAUGUUUGGUUCUGCCGUUGGCUUGUAA